AUGUCCAGAAAUCCGCGGGCACUUCAACCGAAACCUCCUACUAUCUUACCGAAUCCUACCUCGAUGUCUACGGUUGGACGAGGCAAUCAGUAUCGAGCCCCGAACGCGGGAACGAUCGACAACCAGCCAGUUCUCACCGUCAAACACCCAGACAACAUUCGAGAAGUUUCGAUUGAAGAUGCAAUCGCUACAGUGAAAUAUCGACAGAUAGGGGAUAUUCGUGACUUCAUAGCUCAGCGUGUCUACGACCUCACCAAGAACUUACCAAAUGCUAAGGAAGCCUUUCGAAAGUGUCCUAGACUCCUCGGCGGAAAAAGAGCGUUCAACACCAGACGGGAUCGCCGCGCGGAGAUACGCAACAAGUUGCUCUCGGAUUACAGUCGGCCGAGCGACAUGAAAGUUUUCAAUCACAAAUGCAAAGAGAAAGACGUCCCUACGCCGAAAGGAGGAUUCACGAAACUGCCUGUCUAG